AUGGCUUCCCAUAAUACUCACAUGCGACUCCUUAAGGAAAUUGUAGAAAAUGAGGCGGUUUUAUAUCUCCCAAAACCAUGUGGUCAUAAGGAGAUUUGCAAUAUUUGGAAACAUGUUUGUAGAAAGAUAAUAUCAUUUGAAGGAUGUAACUACUCAAAUGGAGAAUCACCUGAAGAAAACCAAGAGCCCAACAUCUUCAAGAGGGUUGAUCAGGUAGUUAAGCAAUCAACAAAUCUCAACCCCAAAUUUAUCAAUAACAACUUAUCAUCAGAAGGUGUCACUCAAGAAGGACUAAACAUUAAUUCACUGGAGUAUAAUGCCAUGUUUAAGCCAGUUACAUAUGAGGAAGUACGAGGCAAUGAUCAUGAUAAAGAACAUAUUCAUGAGCAUAAGAGAACAAAUGACCAACUUGUUGAGGAUGACAAAUAUUAUAAAAAGAUAUUUGAUACCAAGAAGCGGAUUUCAUGGACGAGUGUUCUUCACAAAAAGUUUGUUGAGGCAAUCAAUACACUUGGGAAACAAAAAGCUUAUCCUUCUGCAAUUCUAGAAGCGAUGAAUGUUCCGGGACUCACACGUAGUCAGAUCGCGAGCCACCUACAGAAAUACCAAGAACAUCAAAAGAGUAUCAAGAAACCAACCUUGAUACCACAAAAGAAAAAGCAAGUAGAGAGAUAUGCUUACAACAGAUGUGGGCAAUCGACCCCAACUAAUGAUUAUGAAUCCAUCCCUCAAUCCAGUAACAUCCAGCCACCAUUGACGCUUAAUUCUAUAGGAAUGUCUUACAUGACCAUAAACAACAUCAAGGCUCGACUGCAAAGAGCUCCUCCGUUACCUGUACCACAACCAAAAACCACCAUUAAUAACUCUUAUAGUGAUCAAUCAACAGAUCAUAGUUUUUGUCAUACUUCAUUGGGUGAAACAAGCAAGAUCAUUACUUUUGGAUUAGUUGAAAGCUGUAACAGUAUUAUUGGUCAAAGAAAUGAAGUUCAAAUGACAACAGAUACUUAUGAAAGUACAACGGGGCCACUAAAGGAUGGUGAAACUAUAGCAAUGACCCCGAUGGAUUUUGGUGAAGUUGUGGCUCCAGUAGAUGCAACUAGUUCACUGACACCGCUAAAUUAUUCAGGAACUUCAAUAGAGAAAUCGGUCUCUGGAAUGGCACCUUCGUAUUAUGGUUUAGGAACUGGGUUGCAACCAUUAGAGGGUUUUGCACUUGGUGGAGAAAACUAUGAUCUUGAGAUGCGCGAGAUAUCAAAUGUGUUUGGGAUGAUCAAUUCCAAUGGUGGUCAUACUUCAGCUUCAUCAAAUCAUAACUAUCUUAUUCACUCUCAAGAUUUGCAAGGAAAAAAUGAGAAUUUAUCUCCAACAUUUCUACAUAUACCAACUGAUCAUGAUGAUGUGGGGCAUUCCACAAACCCGAACUUUUCUAAUUCAAAUUUAUAUCCAUUUGGAGUUGGAAGUGUUGGUUAUUCUAAUCCUCAUUUUCCCAGUGACGAAAAUAACAGGCAAGCACAAACAUUGCCACCUUUCAACUCUCUUGGAUUGGUGGAUGGGAUUGAACGUACAGCCAUGGAAAGUGAUAUGUUUACAGAUGAAACACAGUAUCUUCUUGAUAUGACCGUGAAUCUUCUUGAUGAACUUGAUGAUGAUUUAAUAAAUGGACCAUGGAGGAUAACUCACUAUACAUCAACUGUUGUCAAGGCUGAUGCAAAUAAUUGCAUUCGUGGAGCAUCAGGGGCAUAUCUCAUUAUAAAUCCUUCUUGGAGUAAUCUUUCUGGAGACUGGCAUGUGGGAUAUAAACUAGUGUAUGAGGUUCUUACAUACACACUCAUUACUCGUUUGAAGAAAGAAAGAAAGACAAAAUGGAAUGAAAAGAAUCAAGAAACAAUAGCCGAAGCUGUGAAGCAACUUGAACAGUUUGACAAGACCUACAAGAUAGAGUUGAUUUCACAUAGCUAUGAAGACAAGGGCCCUGUUAUUGAUGUUGUUGUAUGGCAUGAUGGAAAAGUCUGGAGGGUUGCCCUUGACACACAAAGUCUCGAGGAUGAUCCAAAAUGUGGAAAAAUUUCUGAUUUUUUCCCCCUAACUAAGUUUAAAUGGAAGGGGAGAAUGGCUAGCUAG